UACAUUAAUCUGUAAUACUGUUGAUAUAUGGUUAUCAACUUUUUCAUCAUACAAAUAGCUUCAAUUUAGAAUUUAUAGUCACAACAGGGGAUAUAAACUUGUUUAUUCAAAAAUGUUGCUCCCAGAAUAUAACCCUUGAGGACACAUCAUUUACAACAAGAUUAAUACAUUCCCAAUAUAAAAGCAGCAAAUCAAAUAUCAACACUGAAAUAUUACUAACACAGUCCAUUUUAAAUAUUUUUUCUGAUUUCUUACACUUUCUAGGACACCAUUGCAAUCAUUGGGUGUUUUCUUUUAGAAAGAAAAUGGUGGCAUAUUUUCCACUGGAGUUACAGCUUAUUAACCAUACCCCUUGAAAAUGUACCGUCUGGUUCAGUUUGGUCCUGGGCGUUUAAAAUGUGUCUCUUAAUCAGGACUGAAGUUAACGCCUGCACAACCAUUCCUAAGGUAACAAAGUGGCUAAAAGAUCACAAAGUAGCCAUUUCUCCUUGUGUUUUAAAAGUGCAAAGUAUAGCAAAACCACUUAAUAAUAGCCUUUCUAUCUUUGCAUGUGGCACAUCUAAAAAUACAGCUUGUCUGUAAUUUGGUAUGAAGACCACCCCUAAACCUUGCCAGUAUAAAAAGGAGUUGCCUUUUAGCCCAAAGCACUGGUGCAUUUUGUGUAUAUUUCACUUAGGAACUUACUGCAGAAAGCUAUAGGGAAGAAUCUGAGACCAAGAUGGACAAUGCCACUUAUACAUGUCCUACCAACUCCAUUCCCUUGAAUCCAUCCAGUUCUACAGUGAUCAAUGUGAGACCCGCUCCUCCUCCACCUAAAGACCAUUUGCUGUGGUCUCUCUGCAACACUCUCUACAUGAACUUCUGCUGCCUUGGAUUUAUGGCCCUUAUCUACUCAGUGAAGACUAGAGAUCAGAAUGUUCUUGGAAACAUCAAAGCUGCCCACCUCUAUUCACACAAGGCUAAGUGGUACAAUAUUCUGGCUUCGGGGUGGAACGUCAUUAUUCCUCUUCUCAUCAUCGUGCUCAUUGUCACUGGGAUUGUCCACCUCUCCAACAUCGAGGGCUCUUACGACUUAUUCGGUGAGGAAGGCUACGAUAACUUUGGAAAGCUUUUCGGGAAAUAAUCAUCAUCUGAGCAUCCUUCUCAAUAACACUGAACAAGAACAAUACCUGGACAGUGCCUUUCAAGUGAAAACAUCAAUACAACUUGUAUUGAAGGCUUUGUACAGUCAUUUAAAGUUAAUAUUUCACAACCAGUGGAAUAUUUAUAUGUCGAGUUCCCAAGCAGUAUGUUUUCAAGUCAGUGCAGUUUGUAGGUGCAUAACUUCAACAUGUCCCCCUUACUUUUGGGCAAUAAUUUAAAGUUGCUCUGAACAACCACCUAAAAGAUCUUCUAAGGUGGUCUUCAAGUCAGGUACUUUACCGUGGGACUAGCCUGGUGUACAUCUAGUGUACAUUAUACAGGUUGCAUUUAACAUUGAAGGCUAUAAUCAGUAUUAUUGCAGUACCAAAGCAGACUGUUUGACUUCCAAGUCUUGGUCUGCUUCAGGGUUAACAGGUUAACACUUGUGGAAAAUCAAAGAUCUAUCUAUGGGGAAACAGUUUAGGAAAACCACAUUUGUAUUCUACAUGGGUUAUUCUGCCUGAAUAUUUGUGCAUUUUUAAAUGGUCAAAAAUAAACGGCUAAGGAUGCAUAGUACACUAUUUACCAUUGACAAUAUUACAACUUGAUGUGCAAAUACAAUAUUGUACAUGCAAACAACUAAAUCAAAGGGUGGACUUGUAACCCCUACAAACAUUAAUAUAGAAGAGGCAACAUAAGUUGCAAGUACUUUUACUGUUCUUUUACUGUUCAAACAGAUUAAAUGAAAUAAUGAUGCAAACUAAAAACAUAUCAGUGUUAAUGUAACAGUGAAUUAUUGUAUGUGUUUGUCAACCUUGCAAUUUUUUUGUUAUCAAAG